AUGUGGACCAACAGUAUCAACCAGGCCAAUAAGAUGGCCCUGCUUGCCUGGGCAAAAGAAACUGGCAUCCACCUGGUGCAGAUCAACGGGCAGAGGCGAUAUGGUGGCCCCCCCCCAGGUUGGGUGGGUGACCCCCCGCCAGCUGGCACAGAGGUGUUCAUCGGUAAGCUGCCACAGGACAUGUAUGAGAACACGUUGAUCCCGCUCUUCAAGAGCGUGGGGAAGCUCUAUGAGUUUCGCCUCAUGAUGACCUUCAGUGGGCUUAAUCGGGGCUUUGCCUACGCCAAGUACAGCAACCGGCGCGGCGCCAAGGAGGCCAUCGCUGCGUUCAACAACUUCGAGGUGCGGAAGGGCUGUGCCAUCGUGGUGUGCAAGAGCACAGAGAAGUGUGAGCUGAGCAUGGAUGGCCUGGCCACCUCGGUGAGCCGGCGGGAGCUGGAGGCCGUGCUGCGGCAGGUCACAGAGGGGGUCCUCAGCGUCACCCUGUAUGCCAGCCCCAGCCAGAAACGGGCCCAGCUUGCUGUGCUGAAAUACAGCUCGCACCAGGCUGCCGCCAUGGCCAAGAAAACCCUGAUGGAAGGGAACAUGAGGCUCGGUGGGGUGGAGAUGAGUGUGGACUGGCUCAACUCUGAUCUGAAGCAGAAACUGCAGUCCUGCGAGGAGAAGCCAUCAUCCAGAAAGGUGCAAGGGGGCAAGUGCCUGGGGGUCCCCAAGCACUCACCCCUGUCUCCGGUGCUGCACAAUGUGCUGGACCGCCUGAACACCCUGUGCCGGAGGCAGCACUUGGGGACACCCCUGUUCCUCACCAAGUGCGUCCAGGCAAACCCCAACGGGUGGCAGCGGUUCUGGUGCCGGGUGGUGAUCCCAGGGUGCCCUGUGCCCUUCAGUGGGUUCACAUGGGUCCGGCAGGAUGGGCCAGGCAGGAGCGGGCACGAGGAGGCGAAGGUCGUGGUGGCGUUGCAGGUUCUCUGCAUGCUAGAGAUCUGCACGUCACUCCUGAUGUGCACCAGGACCUUCACCAUUUGUCGGUGCAGCUGCAAGAGUGUCCGAGUGAAUUUUGGUGGCUUCAAAGUGCUUCUCGUUGCACUGCAGGGGCUUUAA